GGCGACGGGAACCCGAAGGAGAGCAGCCCGUUCAUCAACAGCACUGACCUGGAGAAGGGGAAGGAGUACGACGGGAAGAACAUGGCGCUCUUCGAGGAGGAGAUGGACACCAGCCCCAUGGUGUCCUCGCUGCUCAGCGGCCUGGCCAACUACACCAACCUGCCGCAGGGCAGCCGGGAGCACGAGGAGGCAGAGAACAACGAGGGGGCCAAGAAGAAGCCCGUCAAGGCUCCCCGCAUGGGCACCUUCAUGGGCGUCUACCUGCCCUGCCUGCAGAACAUCUUCGGCGUGAUACUCUUCCUCCGGCUCACCUGGGUGGUGGGCAUCGCCGGCAUCAUGGAGGCGUUCUGCAUGGUGCUGCUUUGCUGCUCGUGUACGAUGCUGACGGCCAUCUCCAUGAGCGCCAUCGCGACCAACGGAGUGGUGCCAGCUGGCGGCUCCUACUACAUGAUCUCGCGCUCCCUGGGCCCCGAGUUCGGAGGCGCAGUGGGGCUCUGCUUCUACCUGGGCACCACCUUUGCCGGCGCCAUGUACAUCCUGGGCACCAUCGAGAUCCUGCUGGCAUACAUCUUCCCGCCCAUGGCCAUCUUCAAGGCGGAGGACGCCAGCGGCGAGGCGGCCGCCAUGCUGAACAACAUGCGGGUCUACGGGACGUGCGUCCUCACCUGCAUGGCCACCGUGGUCUUCGUGGGCGUCAAGUACGUCAACAAGUUCGCCCUGGUCUUCUUGGGCUGCGUCAUCCUCUCCAUCCUGGCCAUCUACGCCGGCGUCAUCAAGUCUGCCAUCGAGCCCCCGUCCUUCCCGAUCUGCCUGCUGGGGAACCGGACCCUGUCGCGCCACGGCUUCGACGUGUGCACCAAGAUCAUCCAGGUGGGCAACGAGACGGUGGGCUCCCAGCUGUGGGAGCUGUUCUGCUCCUCGCGGUUUCUCAACGCCACCUGCGACGAGUACUUCACGCUGAACAACGUCACGGAGAUCGAGGGCAUCCCCGGGGCCGCCUCCGGCCUCAUCCGAGAAAACCUCUGGAGCUCGUACCUGACCAAGGGGGUGAUUGUGGAGAAGGCGGGGAUGGGCUCCGUGGCGCCCGCAGAGGCGGUCCUGGACAUGGACCAGCCGUACGUCUUCAGCGACAUGACUUCGUACUUCACGCUCCUGGUUGGCAUCUACUUCCCGUCCGUCACAGGGAUCAUGGCCGGCUCCAACCGGUCCGGGGACCUGCGGGACGCCCAGAAGUCCAUCCCCACCGGCACCAUCCUCGCGAUCGCCACCACCUCAGCAGUCUACAUCAGCUCGGUGAUCCUCUUCGGGGCCUGCAUCGAGGGCGUCGUCCUCCGGGACAAGUUUGGGGAGGCCGUCAGCGGAAACCUGGUGGUGGGCACCCUGGCCUGGCCCUCCCCCUGGGUGAUCGUCUUCGGCUCCUUCUUCUCCACCUGCGGAGCCGGCCUGCAGAGCCUGACGGGGGCCCCGCGCCUCCUGCAGGCGAUCUCCCGGGACGGCAUCGUGCCCUUCCUGCGGGUCUUUGGCCACGGCAAGGCGAACGGGGAACCCACGUGGGCCCUGCUGCUCACCGCCUGCAUCUGCGAGAUCGGGAUCCUCAUUGCCUCCCUGGACGAGGUGGCCCCGAUCCUCUCCAUGUUCUUCCUGAUGUGCUACAUGUUCGUCAACCUGGCCUGCGCGGUCCAGACGCUGCUGAGGACGCCCAACUGGCGCCCGCGGUUCCGCUACUACCACUGGACCCUCUCCUUCCUGGGCAUGAGCCUCUGCCUCUCGCUGAUGUUCAUCUGCUCCUGGUACUAUGCGCUGGUGGCCAUGCUCAUCGCCGGCCUCAUCUACAAGUACAUCGAGUACAGAGGGGCGGAGAAGGAGUGGGGUGACGGGAUCCGUGGACUCUCGCUCAGCGCGGCCCGCUACGCGCUCCUGCGGCUGGAGGAAGGGCAGCCCCACACGAAGAACUGGAGGCCGCAGCUGCUCGUGCUUGUGCGUGUGGAUCAGGACCAGAACGUCGUCCAUCCGCAGCUGCUGUCGCUCACCAACCAGCUGAAGGCGGGCAAGGGGCUGACCAUCGUGGGCUCGGUGCUGGAGGGCACCUUCCUGGACAACCACCCCCAGGUCCAGCGGGCGGAGGAGUCCAUCCGGCGGCUGAUGGAGGCGGAGAAGGUGAAGGGCUUCUGCCAGGUGACCACCUCGUCCAGCGUGCGCGACGGCAUGUCCCACCUCAUCCAGUCCAGUGGCCUCGGGGGGCUGCAGCACAACACGGUCCUGGUCGGCUGGCCACGCAACUGGCGCAGCAAGGAGGACCACCAGACCUGGAGGAACUUCAUCGAGCUGGUGCGAGAGACCACAGCUGGGCAUGUGGCGCUGCUGGUGGCCAAGAACCUGGCCAUGUUCCCGGCCAACACGGAGCGCUUCUCAGAGGGCCACAUCGAUGUCUGGUGGAUCGUGCACGAUGGGGGGAUGCUGAUGCUGCUGCCCUUCCUGCUGCGCCAGCACAAGGUCUGGCGCAAGUGCAAGAUGAGGAUCUUCACCGUGGCCCAGAUGGACGACAACAGCAUCCAGAUGAAGAAGGACCUGACCACCUUCCUGUACCACUUGCGCAUCACGGCGGAGGUGGAGGUGGUGGAAAUGCACGAGAGCGACAUUUCCGCCUACACCUACGAGAAGACGCUGGUGAUGGAGCAGCGGUCGCAGAUCCUCAAGCAGAUGCACCUCACCAAGACGGAGCGGGAGCGCGAGAUCCAGAGCAUCACCGACGAGUCGCGUGGCUCCAUCCGGCGUAAAAACCCGGCCAACACGCGCCUGCGCCUCGGCGUGCCGGACGAGCAGGUGGGCAACACCGAGGAGCGGCCAGAGGAGGAGGUGCAGCUGAUCCAUGACAAAAACGCCACCACCUUCUCGAGCAGCUCGCAGUCGCCGGGGGAGGACGAGGCGGAGGCAGAGGCGGCCCCCGAGAAGGUGCACCUCACCUGGACCAAGGAGAAGGUGGCCGAGAAGAACAAGGCCAAGAGCCCCGUCAGCCCCGAGAGCAUCAAGGACUUCUUCAGCAUGAAGCCGGAGUGGGAGACCCUGAACCAGUCCAACGUGCGGAGGAUGCACACGGCCAUCCGGCUCAACGAGGCGAUCGUGAAGAAGUCGCAGGAGGCCAAGCUGGUGCUGCUCAACAUGCCGGGCCCUCCGCGGAACCGCAAGGGCGACGAGAACUACAUGGAGUUCCUGGAGGUGCUGACGGAGCACCUGGACCGGGUGCUGCUGGUGCGCGGCGGCGGCCGGGAGGUCAUCACCAUCUACUCCUGA